UUUUUCUUCAUCUUUUAUCGUUAAUAGACCUAGGUUCCUUCCUGGAGGUAUUGGUGAUCCACCGCUACUAGAUACGGAAGUCCAUUAGGCGAAAGCUUUUUCUAUUCCGUCUAAAACUAUUUGAACCAUAUGAAAAUACACAAACCUACAAAUAAUCACCAAAUCGACUAGAAUAAAUUCAGUCAAGCGUAUAGACUACCAACUUGAAACAGUGCCGAUACAACAAGAAGUGAGCGUAAAGAAAACAUUUGAUUUAUCCAAGCUCGUAAAAGGAUAUUGGAUUAGGGAUACGCUCCGAUACAACCAUUUGAACCAUUUGACUGGUACGUUACAGUUGGUUUUUGGCAAGUAAAAGCUUUAAUAUAGACAGAACUCAUUUGAUUUCACUACAUAAAGUAAGGGUUAACAAUGAAGGUUGGAUGUAUUCAGACAUACGAUGUUUCUAUGCUUACCUAUGAUCAUAUCGAAGCUUCCAAUGUAAUACAGUUAGCUAAGGAACUUACAAAUACAAAACUACCAACAGAUAUUGAAGUGGAAUGGCUGUUAAAAGCAAUUUGCUUAAUCGAUUUAACCACAUUAGCUGGGGAUGAUACACCUGUCAAUGUACAAAGACUUUGUGUAAAAUCAGUUCAUCCGCUAAGUGAAUGCGUUUUGAAUAAAAUUGAAAAUGCGUUCAAUAUGAACCUACAAGAUUUAAGAACAGCUGCUGUAUGCGUUUAUCCAUAUCAAGUUAAAACAUGUGCAGAAACUUUUAAGAAAUUAAAAUUACCAAAUUUUAAUAUUGCUUCUGUUGCUACUGGUUUUCCUACUGGACAGUAUCCUUUAGAAACUCGGCUAUUGGAAAUUAAAUCAGCUAUAAAUGAUGGAGCGAAUGAAAUUGAUGUGGUAAUAAAUAGAACAUUAGCUUUACAAGGUGAUUGGGAAGGAGUUUAUAAUGAAGUAUGUGCGAUGCGUAAAGCUUGUGGUGAUCAAGCACACUUAAAGACUAUUCUUGCUACUGGUGAAUUAAGCAGUUAUGAUAAUGUUUAUAAGGCUUCAAUGGUUUGUAUGUUAGCUGGAGCAGAUUUUAUUAAAACAUCUACUGGAAAAGAAACAGUCAAUGCAACACUCCCAAUUUCAUUGGUUAUGGCUAGAGCUAUUCAAGAUUUCAAUGAAGUAUAUGGCAUCAAGGUUGGUUUCAAACCUGCCGGUGGUCUUCGUACAGCUAAAAAUGCCCUCGAUUAUCUCCAAUUAAUCGAUAAUGUUCUUGGCUCUGAUUGGAUAAAUCCAGAUUAUUUACGAUUUGGAGCUAGUUCAUUAUUGGCCAAUAUUGAAACUCGACUAUACAGUCUAUGCCAUAAUGGUUUAAUACCAUUACCUGGUGAAUUAGACUUUUUCUAAUUUUUGAUUACCUUCUUUUUUCUCUCUUGUUUUCUUUCAAUUUACUCGAUUUGAUUAUUUUUGAUGAUCAUGUUUGCCUUAAUUUUGUUGUUGUUGUUGAAAAAAGGUCGUUUCUAUCAAUUUUUUUAAAAAAAAUUUUGAUAAACCAAACGCUAUUUAUAUUUUGUACACAUUUCGUUUUGACUAUAAAAAGAAUACAAAGAGGUGUGGUGAUAGAAGUAGAGAGGAAAGCAAAACGAAAAAAAAAUACAACAACAACAACUGUAUGUUUAGUCAAUAGGUUUUUUUUGUUUAACGAAAAAAAAGAAAUAAAUGACAAGGGGUUUCUAUUUACGCCUAUUCUCAUUUGUUCCUUGUCGAUUUUCACUGUGAAUCCCUCUGACACUUACUUUUUAGGUUUGUGUGUAUCACAC